AUGAGAGGUGGGUAUAGGCAGACUGGACAACAGGAGGACGAGGCGGAGGCAAGGCGGCGACUCCAAAUAGCUCUUGGUCUUUCAGCAGGAGCUUCAAUUCCGGUACCAGGGGCGGGUGGACAGCGUCACUCCUCCACUGUCAACAGCAACUCCCCAGCUACAGCACCACUUUCUCACAUGUCCUCCGCGUCCGCACCACCCGCCGACUUGCUGGCGGCAUCGCUAGCGUCGAGAGCCCCGUUUCCUUCCUUGCAUUCUCCUUCACUAUCUUCGUCCGCGUCCAAUCCGUCUGCCCUGCUAGGCACGGCUGCAUCAAGCGAGGCACAGCUACCUCAUUUGGCGAUGCUAUUGCAAGACCCAAGGGGGGCAACCAAUCAGGGCGUUCCUUUGGAAGCUCAGCUACUGCAGGCACAAGCCCAGGCACAGGCACAAGAUGCAGAGCUCCGCAUGAGAGUUCUGCUGGAGCAGGAGGCAGUUCAGACCGAAGAGCAGCUGAGGGCCUUGCGUUUUCGGAGGCAACAGCAACAGCUCCAAGAUGAGGUGCUACUGCGUGCUGCGUACUCAGAGAUGCAGAACCCGAGGCCGCAAGCUGGUCUCUUUGAUCGCUUUUCGGCAAACCCCAGUGCUCUCUCUAUCGGUGCUUCCGCCGCAUCGCUCUCGCGCGGUCUGGGGGCAGGGGUUGGUGCCGGUUCGGUUCUCCCAACACUCUCUUCCUCGGCCUUUCUAUCUCAGGAAACUGCAAGAACAACGAGAUCGCUGGGCUUUUCAGCAGAAGGUCACAGUGACAGAACCCGGCUGGCAUUGGCCAAUAACAGAAUGGAGGAGUCCUUGACGGGCAAAAUACUUCAGCUAGACGCAGAAGGAUCUCCUGAUAUGGCGUUCCAAGCUCAAGCCAAUGGCCAAGCGUCUGCAAGUGCCUAUCUUGCAGCCAGGCGCGGAGCCGAGAAGAAUGGACAGGCCGACAUCAUCUCGUUCUUCCCCCAUGGAAAAUCGUUCACCGUCCACAAGCCCCAAGAGUUCAUUCGGGACAUCAUGCCCAAGUACUUUGCAGCGGGACGAAUGAACACGUUCCUCAAACAACUGAAUCUGUACUCGUUUCAGAGAAUAACAGAAGGCCCCGACAAGGGUGGUUACUUUCACCCAGAAUUCGCGCGGGGCAAGCGACGUUUCCACAAGAAGGUCAAGCGAAAGAGGACAAUCCCUGCAAAGGCUGUUGCUGACCAAGGUGUCAACGAAGAAAGUGGGCGCCAGACUCCAUCAGCUACGGAUCGGACUGAAGCGAAAGAUGGAGCGCCAAUGUCUCCUGCUUCGGAAUCCUCGGAUGGAAGCGAGGUGGAGUCUUCAGGUUUGAUGGAACUUCCGAGGAGCGCCGUUGCCAGGCUGCCCAAUCUCGGCAGCAGCCAAGCUGACCAAGACGACGAUGAAUCAAUGUCGCUGCCACGAAAGAAGCGAGGUUCCUCGAGAUAA